AUGACCGCUGCGGAUGAGAAGACUUCGAAUGGGGCGCUUAAGAAGGACGAGUCCGCCAUUGAAGAGAAAGUGAUCCAAGGUCAUGUCCGAGAGCCGUCGGUCGCCAAUGGCUACUGCAACGUCACAAACGGGAGCCAACCCAACGGCGAGACGCUCAAUGGAACCAAGCACGACAGCGUGGAGGAAAAUGGUGCUGAGAGCUCGACGCACGAGGCAAUGGUCAAUGGAGAAGACCUAGCGAUGAAGGAUAUGGGCACAAGGGACAGUGAUAGCAGCGUGCUGUCUGAUCUUCCUGACAUCUCUGAUAUUCCUGACAUCCCACCUGAACCGGUGCCUCCUCGUCGCUCCGGUCGCUCGAGGAAAGCUCCAGCUAAUUAUGAGGCCGAGUACGUCAUCCCGGCACCACAGCCCGCGUCAACGCCCGCGGCUGCAUCUACACGGCCGAAACGCAAAGCUGCGGCCACGGCGCAGGAGUCCUUCACGAGCAAGGCGGACUUGGACCUUGUGACCGACACCAUCUGCAAGCCCAUGACCUCGGACGAGCUCAAGUCCUACAAGGGCUGGGUCGAGCUGGAGUCCGAGCCCCUGUUCUUCCAGGCCAUGCUCCACGACAUGGGUGCCCCGGAUCUUAAGAUCUCGGAGCUUAUCGACACCGACGAAGCUUUCCUGAGCGUCUUGUCUAAGCCGGUUCAUGGCCUGAUCUUCCUCUUCCCGUACGCGGAUGUGGAAGAGGAGAUCGAGGUCGAGCGCCACGAUUGCCCCGAGGGCCUGUGGUUCGCGAACCAGACGACUUCGAAUGCCUGCGCCACCGUGGCCCUGAUGAACAUUGUCAUGAACAUACCCGACCACAGCUUCGGCAGCGAGCUUAAGAAGUUCAAAGACGAGACUGGUCCGCUGAGCACCCAAGACCGUGGCCAUGCCCUGGACGCCAAUGAUUUUAUCCGCUGUAUACACAACUCGGUCGCCCGUCGCACCCAGCUUCUGAACGAGGACCUCGCCUGGAGCCACAAGCGAGAGGAGGAGGAGAAGCAGACGAAGAAGAGACAGCGAGCUAUCAAGACCCCCAAGAGCAGGGGAAAGGGGAAGGCGAAAGCGGCUAGCGCCAGUAAGAGGAAGAGAUCGGCCACCAAGGCCAAAGACAAGGUUGAGAACGCCAACCACUACAUCGCCUACGUCCCCCACGACGGUAAAGUCUGGGAGUUUGACGGUCUCGAAGACAAGCCCUGCUGCCUGGGCCCCUCCCCCGGCGACGCCGACAACUGGAUCGCGACGGCCGUCGAAGCCAUCCAGACGCGCAUGGCGGCGGGUGGCCUAUAUACCUACAACCUCCUGGCCCUCUGCGCCUCGCCCCUGCAAAGCCUGACUGACCGCCUGGCCGCCAACCUCGCCGCGGGCAUGAAGCUGGAGCAGCAAUACAAGCGGGGCGACAGCAAAGAAGGCGGCAGCGACGACCAGCAGCCCAGACCGCCCUCUGCAACCUCCUGGCCUCACCCUGCGCUCGCCACACUCCUUCCACCCGACAAGCUCGCAAGCCUCAACGGCCUAACCUGGAACACCAUCUCCAGCACGGCCCCGGCGCCGGACCUCGUCGCACGGAUGGCCGUGCCGGGCUUCGGGGCAGAGCAGGCGGCGGCGCUGAUGGCCGAGCUACUGGCGCGGCAGCUGGAUCUCGAGACGGAGCUGGCGUCCGAGGCCGCGGGCCGCAGACAGGCGCGGCAGGCCUACGAGGCACGGCACCGCGACUUCACGCCCUUUGUACACCAGUUCCUGCUGCGGCUCGCUGAGAGGGCGGCGCUGGGCGAGAUCGUGUCCAACUUCCUCUGA